AUGGCACCAGCCCCCGAACGUCGAGAAGGUCGCGGCAGCUAUCGAAUCUUCGUCCAUUUCCACCGUCAUCGACGGGGAAUCUGGCUGGGCUGCAAUUGCCAAAGCGCUUCUUGGCGUAGAGAACGAAAGCACUUCGGGAGCAGAAACUGGAGCCGCAAGCACGCACGCGAAGAAAUGGUCAAAGAGGUACGAGUGGGGCAUCAUCAACGCUUAAACGUCCAUGCUAUUACGCAUUGUUUCGAACUUGGCCAAUUCUAUGACGACGUCAUAGAAUUGGCGGGCUUCAGUUUCUUGUUCUUCAUAAUAAUACUCAACCAAGUUGAUAAGGCACGGUAG